CACCGCUGCCUUCCAAAAUGUCUCCCUUUGCACUACCCGUCCCACCUUCCUCCUCCCAAUGCCUCGCCCAGCACCGCCUCUCACGCCCGCUGCCUCGACUGAUAUCGCCGCUAAGUCGGGCACUGUCGUCGCACAUGAUCCCUCAUGGACCUUGCCACCGGCUGCCAUGGGUGGUGGCAGCAGCAGCAGCAGCAGCGACGUCCGAAGCCUGAGGGGCAGCGUGAGCUCCUCUAGCGUUGCCUCCUGCAAUGCCUCGGACUCGUCAUACCAGCCCAACUCCCCACCUGCCACGGCAGCAUCCACCAGGCCAACGCCGUCUAACGCGUCGAGAAAGCGCACCAGUAACAGCAGCGCUGUGACGGCGAGUGCAAAGGAUGACUUUAAUCUCCCUCCCCCGCCGACGAGAUGUCGCAAAAUCAUACAGAUGAAGCCGAAGUCUGAGCAGCAGGCGCAAAAGCUAGGACAAGACGACGUUGACGGCGAGACUGCCCCCGCCAAGACCAAGGCAAGCGGUGGUGGGAGAAAGAAGAAAGGCGAUGGGACGACGGCUGCGGGGAGAAAGAUUGCCCGCAAGACAGCCCAUAGCCUCAUCGAGCGCCGGAGACGAUCGAAAAUGAACGAAGAGUUUGGUGUGCUGAAGGACAUGAUUCCCGCUUGUGAAGGGCAAGACAUGCACAAGCUUGCAAUAUUGCAGGCGAGCAUUGAAUACAUGCGUUACCUUGAGAAAUGUAUCUCGGAGCUCAAGGCUUCUCGACGUACAGGGAAUCCGUCUCCGUCCGAGGCAUGUGACUUGACGCCCCCUGCACCGGCUCAACCUGUCUCUAGCAAUAAGGAUGAAAGCUACGAUUGUUCGGGCGAAGACGAGGAUCAGGACCAGGACCAGGAUGAGGAAAUGUCUGAUAUCGAUGGACCUCUCUCUCCGACGGCUGCUGCUGCUUCAUAUCCACAAUCUCUCCACACGCAGACAGUGCCUUCUACCAACACAUCUCCAUUGAUUUACCCUGUGGACCAAACAGACCACAGUCAUUUCUCUGCAACAACAUCACCCGCCUUUGGUCCCGUGGACCGGCGCCCGAGUAACUUCUCUUUAACUACAUCGCCGGGUUUCUACGGCAUGAUACCUUCUUCGCAACAAAAUUACCACCGCGCCUUUGGGAGCAUAUCAACAACGACGAGUCCGUCCAUAAUGCCUUCGCCGUCUGUCAUAGGGAUGUCGGAGAGCCGCGAAAGGCACCAUAGCCUUGUGCUUAGCAGCCCGGCUCUGGGACCGCAGCCAGACACGCGGGAGGACCACGAGGCGGCUAUGGCGCUGGGGAUGCUGAACAGUGCUGGCAGGACGUGGGGUGGAGAGGGCGGGGGUAAGGCGAGAGGGAUGAGCGUUCGGGACUUAUUGAGCGGAUGAAAAGGUUUAUAAUGGCUACCUACGAAUGUUGUCUGGGAGUUUAUAAGUACAUGAUUCACGAAAGCAGAGAUCAGCAAUGGACUGGUCCGUAAGCGGAAAUGAUGGCCGGACGCCGAAGCCAUGGAAACGGCGAUGGACGACAUCCGCGUGAAUGGUCACCGGUGAAGGGCAGGGCAGCCGUUGGGGAAAGUGGAGUCUCAGGGGAUGUUUCUAUCGUCUUGACUCUUGAAUCAACGGCGCAGCGACUGGCGGUCAGGGCGUCACGUGUGACAUCAGCGGGCCUGGUGAAACGUGGGGUUGGGUGAGGAACUCUAGGUCACGGGCGGGAGCUUCUUAUGGAAUCCGGAG